AUGACUGCACCCGCUCAGAUUCCUAGCCCGGCCCAUAUUCUCGCAGAGACUAUGCUGUCCCGCCGUUUCGGUAAAGAGACGGCCAACUACUUCUCCAGCUCACCUAUCAAUCGACUAUCGUUCCUUCGAAAUGACCACUCAUUCAUCUCCUCGGCGUUAAAACAUCCAUCUACCAAAUUUCUCCUGUUGAACAAGCUUGCGCCGCUCACCCGAUCUCCAGCAGAGCCAUACUAUGCUCAAUACGAUGAGGUGCGCGGUCUCAUUCCUCAGGAUCUCUUUGACAAGACCGAGGAUGAGAUGCUCAAGGAGUUCGACUCGCGCAAGACACAUCCAAACCUGAUUUUCCUCGGCCUAGACGAAAGUCGUAAGGAGAGCAAUGAUUUGAUGACCUAUAAGAACUACGCGGGACACCCAUUCUUCGCCGUUGAUGUCACCCCCGGGGCUCCGAUGAGCAACAAAGCGCUUGCUCCAACAAGGGUGAUUAUGACGUUCCCGCCCGAAGAAGCGGCUGUUUAUGCGCAAGCACGUGCGCUGAUGGAUUGGAAUACACGGAAUACUUUCUGCGGCACUUGUGGCCAACGGACGCUGUCGAUCAACGCAGGUACUAAACGAGCAUGCCCUCCUACGGAUGUGGCGCGCUUCGCCGAAGGUCUCCCACCAAAUCGCCCCGAAUGCAACACGCGCACCACUCUUUCCAACUUGUCCUUCCCCCGUACAGAUCCCACGAUUAUUGUCGCUGUGGUCUCUGCUGAUGGGAAGCGAAUCCUACUUGGUCGGAGCAAGCGUUUCCCACCUAAAUGGUAUUCCACGCUGGCGGGAUUCAUCGAGCCCGGCGAGUCGAUCGAGGAUGCCGUCCGACGAGAAGUCUGGGAAGAGUCGGGUGUUACGCUCUCGCGCGUGGUCAUCCACUCCUCGCAACCUUGGCCAUAUCCUGCCAACUUGAUGAUCGGAGCAGUUGCACAGUGCAGUGAUGCAGCCCAUGAGAAGAUCAGCCUCGAGCAUGAUCCUGAGCUCGAGGAUGCUCGGUGGUUCGAGAUUGAGGAAGUUGAGGAGGCCCUGCGUAUUGGUACCAGUGACCUUAGCACUGGCGCUGGCCCUGAAUACAAGGGUGGCUUGCGACUCCCUCCGGCGACGGCUAUUGCCCAUCAACUAAUUCAAGCGGCGGUCAACGCAGACUACUUCCAAGCCGACAAAUCCAAGAUGUGA